AUGACAAGCAGCGCUGGCACGAACGAAGGCGGUCACUACGGGAGAGUGUUCUCGCUGAGCUUCAGUCCUCCUUUUCUCGACGACUUUAAAGAGGAUGAAGAAGAAGAAGAAGUACACGCGCAGCAAAAUCCCCUAACGGAGAUGAGAACGACGAGGACGACACCAAAGAAGAAGAAGAAGAAGAAGAAAAGGAGACGAAAACGAUUCUUAGCGACGAGCGGAGAGGACGAUUGCGUGCGAUUGUGGGUCGUCCACGCUUCUUCGGAGGAGGAGGAGGAGGAGGAAGAACAAAGCGUCAAAGUGGAACCGAAACCGUUCGGGUUGAGCGUCCUGAGAGGACACUCCGACGCCGUGUUGAAGUGCGCUUUUGGCCUUUCGCGCGGCGCUUUCGAUGACGAUGAUGAUGACGAUGAAAAGUGCUGCGAGAAUAAGUCGUCGUUCGCGUUAGCGACGGGGUCGUCCAACGGCGAAGUGUUCGUUUGGCGAGUCGUGACUACCUCUGGUUCUGGUAAGAGCAAAAGCGGCAAAGGCGAGAACGGCGACCGGUUGAUGGCGAAGUUUAACGCGAACAGAAAGAGAGCAGAAUAUGGGAUUUCAAACGAGGACGACUUAGUCGAAGAUGCUUUUGACGGAAAGGACGACGAGAAGGAUAACGACAACAACGAAGUGUACGGGUUGAAAUUUUUAGGCGGAAAGGAUGAGUAUUUAGUCAUCGCCACGGACGCGGAGUUGAUUGGCGUGGAAGUUACGCGGAGGAGUUUGAACGAAAAGAACGGGGGAGAAUCAUCGGUAGAGUUGAAGGAGAUUGCUCGCACGCCGCUUGGAUUCUCGUUGAACGAAAAUGUCGGCGAUGGCGGUGGUGGACAAGGUAAAUUCGAUAUAGCGUACGCGUUUGCGAUGGACGCGUACGCGACCAGGAGUCGGAGUCGCGUUGAUACCGAUACAAUGGGAAAUAAACACAUUUUAUCGGUUGGAUAUUCAAACGGGACCAUGCGCAUGUACUGUUUUGAUGCUAAAGCGCGAGAGUUUUAUCUCGUCGGGGAGAACGCGAGCGUGUUUGAUGACAACAACGGCACAGGACGGAAGAACAUGGCGUGCACGUCGUUAACUUUCGUGUACCCAGCCGUGGAAAACGAACUCGAGCAGUUCCCGAACGUUGUGAUGUGUAAUCGUUUUGGCGACCUCGUGAUGUCGGACGCGAAAAAUUGGAUCGAAAGGAGCAAACCGAGGUUAAAUGUGCAAACAGAUUUCGCGUUGACGCACGCGGUGGCAGAUGUUGGGAACGGGUUCGUCGCGUGUUGCGGACGCAUGAAGGAACGUAACGUGAAUGGAGUAGCUCUGUUUGACGCGUUCGAUGUUCAAAGAGGGUCGAUGUUCUUAAACGCGAGCGAGAUGAUGGGCGAGCACGCGUCCAAGUAUCCUCUGUUGUGUGUGGGAGGUUUCGCGGAAGAUGUCGAGGAGGAGGAGGAGGAGAUGGUGGAGGAUAGUACUAGACGAACUAGAAUAACCGUAGUCGCUGCGGGCGGAAUGCCCGCAAAAUUAGUCAACGAGAAUUUCUCGAAUAGAAGCAACGUGAAGAGUUUAGGAUUUAGCUUGGCGAAAAUGAAAGUAGGAGGGAAAAGAGACGGGGAAGAAGAGAAUACCAAGACUUCUCGAGUCUACGCUUGGGAUUUCAUCACAUAA